GCAAGUCCUAACAGUAUGGACACACCUUCAGCAUGAUGGUAUAUAACGCAGAAGACAUGCUUCAGUUUCAUCCGCACGGCGCUCCAAACGCUCAGACACACACUUCCUGCAGAGUCUGUGCAGCAUCAUGUCGGGGACGUAUCAAGCACACUGGGUGGCGAUGUUAGGCAGAGCGGCGGUGUUUGCUCUCCUGAUGUGGGGACCUCUGCAGGUGGCAGCAGAUUCAGAAGAGGAAGCUGCUUCAGAGUGGGGCAUGUGGAAAAAUCUCCAUCAAAUAUCCUACAAUGAUGAGACUGACGAACUUCAGAGACAAAUCAUCUGGGAGACCAACAUGCGAAUGAUUGAGAAAAACAACGACGAUUUCCGCUCCGGCUUGUCGACAUUUAGCAUGGCAAUGAACAAAUAUGGUGAUCUUACCAAGAUGGAGUAUAAACGCUUGCUGGGCGCCAAAAUUUCUGGCCCGAUAAACAGGGGAGGAAAGACUGUCUCUGCACAAACGCUCCGUGUCAAUGCUAACAGUCUGGGAUUGACCAAUGUGGACUAUCGAGCACGAGGAUAUGUGACUGAAGUAAAAGAUCAGGGAUACUGUGGGUCUUGCUGGGCCUUUAGCACUACAGGAGCCAUCGAAGGACAAGUGUUCAAGAAGACAGGACGGUUGGUGUCCCUCAGCGAGCAGCAGCUGGUGGACUGUUCCAGGUCUUACGGCACAUAUGGCUGCAGUGGUGCCUGGAUGGCCAAUGCCUAUGAUUAUGUGAUCCAUAAAGGGUUGGAGAGCUCUGACACUUACCCCUACACGUCAGUGGAUUCUCAGCCCUGUUACUACGACAGAAGUUUAGUUGCCGCCAGAAUCAGUGAUUACAGGUUCAUCCCGGCUGGAGAUGAACAGGCUCUGGCUGAUGCUGUGGCAACCAUCGGUCCUAUCACUGUCGCCAUAGAUGCAGAUCACAUAAGUUUCCUCUUCUACAGUUCAGGAAUCUACAAGGAAUCUAGAUGCAACCCUAACAACCUCAACCAUGCUGUGCUUGUGGUUGGUUUUGGCUCAGAGAAUGGCAAAGAUUACUGGAUAAUCAAAAACAGUUGGGGAACAGGAUGGGGUGAAGGAGGCUACAUGCGAAUGAUCCGCAAUGGUAAAAACACUUGCGGGAUCGCCAGCUAUGGUCUUUAUCCCAUUGUGUGAGAAGAACCAGGCAUUUCCAAAUAAAGACUUAUGAAGUCUGAACUUUGUGUCAGAAUCAGUUCAUUUAGUGAGUGGGUUUGUAAAAUAGGGGACUAGAACAACAAU